GCUGAAGCAAACAGAAUACACACCCUCUUUAUGACCAUAAGGAAGUUGGACUGUAUUUAAUUUUGCACAACCUAAAAGUGUAGAUAUCAGAAGAGACUAGACAGACAGACUAAACAGCAGACAAUUUGGACAUGUCCGCUUCAGAGGAAGAGUGUCCUGUAUGCAGGGAACACAUACAGAAUCCUUCUCAACCAUCUCCAUGCUGUGGAAAAGUAAUUUGCCAGCGAUGCCUCAGUCAGUCUUUUCGAUACAGGGCUCAUUGUCCACACUGCAGAAGCUCAGUAGACAACCGUGAUUAUGCAAAUAAUCCAUUCCUACCUCCUGGUAGGAGGAGGCACCUGCGCCCAAUCCUGCCAGGGGAUUUUCAAACAUUUAAUUCAAGAAGAGCUGUUGGUGCAAACAUACAGAAUCUCCUUGGCCAACUUCGAGAUUCACUGGGACAACAGGCAGACACUGCUGCUCAAGCCAGUCCACCCAAUCAGGCUGCAGUGCCACCUACCCCACAGAAUCAAGCCCCUUCCCCUUUAAUUUCCUCUGCACGGCCUGUUCCUAUGCCUCGGAUCAGAGCUCCACUUGCAAAUGUAAUUGCUGCCCCACAACCUGCCCCCAUUACUGCUGCCCCGAGUGGUCUUAUCCAAGCCCUCCAGCCCCCUGCCCCAGUUCCACUGCCCCUAAACCCCGCCCCGUCCCAGGAUGAUGUGCAGGCUGCAAUGGAUGAAUGGCCAUGGCAAACGGAGAUCACUCUAAUGGAGAUGAAUCCACAAACUCAGGGUUUAACUGUGAGGACUUUUGUGUGUCCGUACUGCCAGGAGGAUGGACUGGAUGAACUAGAUCUACGUGAUCAUUGCAAUGAACAUCAUGCCAAUGACAGCAAACGUGUGGUGUGUCCAGUGUGUGUGCAGACGCCCCACGGUGAUCCACAGUACUACAGCCGCAACUUCAUUGGCCACCUCAACCUGCGCCACUGCUUCUACCUGGACGAUAUAACUAAUCUCAACCAGACUGAUGAGAUGAACAUUCAGUGUGCAGUUCUAGCAUCAUAUAGAGACAAUUUUUAGACCUCAUUUUUAGAAAGAUGACAACACAGUUUUCAGGUGUUUUUCUGGACAACAUCUUAAAAAAAAUGCUUGGGAAGAAGAUUCUGAACCACAAGGACAUAAACAAUUGAGAAAUCAGUCAAAAAAAAUGGUAUAUCGAGGAUGCGACAUUAAAGUAAUUUACCAAUGUUAUGUAAAAUGUAAUUUGUGUAUACGUUGAAAUGCUUUUAGGGCAACAUAAAAUGCUUGAUUAUUUAAUUAUGAGAUAUUUUAAGAGGAAAUGCAUUUUAAUAUACUAUCUGAUGCAUCUCAGGUAUUGAUAAUGCCUUUAAAAUUACUAGUAAUGGUUUAUCUGCCAAAAACUUUUUUGUACAAUUUAUCUCUUCUUGCACUUUCUUUCUUCAAGAUAACAGAUUUAUUGCAUGUACUGUACACUUAUGUUUGUGAUAUUGUUUGUGGGAUUUACUUUGUGGGGAAAAUAUUUGAAUGAAUGGGUCAAGUUGAAUCAGGCUCUGUAAAUCUAUUUAUGCUCCACUUCAAUGUAAACAAAAAAAAAAAAAAAAACAAAGUGCAAUAAAUGUUUUAAUACAAUAAUCUACAGUGAAAAAUUACAGACUGCAGAAAAUGUGUUCACCCAACAAUGAAAAUAUACUGAAAAUUGACUCACCAAGAUACAAUAGAUGAGUUUUAUUUUCUUCAUCUGAACAGAUUUGGAGAAAUUUAGCAUUACAUCACUUGCUCAAAGUGUUUCUCUUUAUCACACGCUCCACAGAUGCUCUGAUUGUCUGACCUUACAAGAAUAAACCUUCUAUUUUCUUAAUCUACAA